CUUAUGGAAAUUCCCACCAUUAGAUCAAUCAAAGAAUGGUUUAUGUUGAUGUGUUCUGCUUGUGUUUGUGGCAACUGGUUGGUGUGUUUGGUGAUACAGAUGCAUUGACAUCAGUGAUGGAGGGAGAUUCAGUCACUCUAAGCUCUGGUUUUACUGAAAUAAUUGAUGAGGAUCUGAUUCUGUGGAGACUAAAGCUGGAUCAUCAGACUGGAUCUCUGAUCAUCACAAACAUCACAACUCAACAUGCUGGACUCUAUAAAGUACAGACCAACAGUGUGAGCAAGAAUUUCAGUCUCACAGUGUAUGCUUGUCUGCCUGUUCCUGUCAUCAGCAGUAACUUUUCAAACUGUUCUUCAUCAUCAUCAUCAUCAUCAUCAUAUUGUUCAUUGUUGUGUUCAGUGGUGAAUGUGAGUCAUGUGAGUCUCUCCUGGUACAAAGGAAACAGUUUAUUGUCCAGCAUCAGUGUGUCUGAUCUCAGCAUCAGUCUCUCUCUACCUCUGGAGGUGGAAUAUCAGGAUAAAAACACCUACAGCUGUGUGAUCAACAAUCCCAUCAGCAACCAGACUCAACAUCUGGACAUCAGCAAACUCUGUCACACAUGUUCAGAUUGUGUCUGCUGUUGUGAUUCUACUGUAUCAGUUAUCCGAUUGGUUGUCUCUGCUCUGGUGGCCAUGGCUACUGUUGCUGCUGUUUCUGUUCUGGUUUAUGACAUCAGAUCCUGCAAAGCUGAACAGGAGAGUUUACAGACGUCGCUAUGAGACCCUCACACUAAUACCAGGGCACUAGGAGGCAAUAAUAAAGAAAUGUUUAUGACAUAUUUGACCACUGAAUGCCACACUUGACCAGUUAGAGUUAAUUCAGUGGCCAGCAUCUAGUUAACAGUUCCAUUUUUUUUUUUGCAAGUAAGCUUGAGUAAACAGAUACACAUGCAUCACAUAUAAAUAAAAUAUAAAGGAAGUAUACACAGAAACUAAAUAAAAAUAUAGCUGCAAGCAGCGAUGACAGGCCCUCGCCACCCUGAUGGCAUCAGACAAAUGCUGCCCAGCGGGCACAUGCAUUGACAGUAACCUUGUGGCAGUUUGGAAUAAAGGGUUACAGCAAUGAAAGGGUUAAAAGUAAAAUGCUUUUAAAUCAUUCUGAUAGACUAAAAAUGACAUGGAAAAAAAGAUUCCUUAUCCUAUGAGGUCAUCUUGUGUUCAUCUUUGGUAUUAUAGUCUUUAUCGUCUAGUUUACAUGUGGCUUCUAAAAACAUGAUAAACAUAUUUUCUAUGAAUGACUUGUUUUUCAUAUGUAAAAAAAUUGUGAAGAGUUAGGAUAAUGCACUUUAAAUGCACUCUGUCUCUCUGUGUCUCUCUCACACAUACACAUAAGCACCCAACUACCCCCACUCUCAAUGGUCACACAUAACACACACACAAACCAAACUUAACACACACACAAAAGCCCAUCCCCCCCCACACAGAGUUAGAGUGAGAUCAGAUCUUUAAUAUUUUUCUAAUUUUCUAUUUUUAGUAGAGUUUUUUAUAUAGCUGUUUAAUAAAAAGUUUUGAAGUGUUUGGAUGCUGCAUUUGAAAAUUAUGGUUGUUUUUUACUGCUACUUUAAUAAAUCAUCACGUCAAAAAAGUUAAAGAUAUCCCAAACCUGCUCGCAAUUUAACAUCUUCAGUAUGUUGGCAUCACGUUGACAAAGUUUGGUGUAAAUUUGAUGUGCUUUGUAGGAGUAGUAUUAAUUUAUUCACAGCUAUAUUUUUCCAAAAAUCCACUGGUGUCUGCAGCUAAAACUAACCCCCCCCCCCCCCCCACUUUUGACAAAAGAUGGCGCUAUAGAGCA